CAGCUCUCUCCUCAACGAGGACGAACAACAGUGCAACGAAGAAGUACUCUGCUUUUGGAUCAAGAACUCAAGAACACAGAUCGGGCAAUCGAUGGCUACGUUCGUGACGUCGUCGCCGGUGGUGAUGGGGUCGGCUCGCCCCGGGCGGGCGACAGGGGCUCGGCGGUGCAUGGUGGCGCAUGCGUCCGUGACGAUGGCGGCACCGACGGUGGUGGCCACGGGGAGGACGCACUACGAGGUGCUCGGGCUGGGCGCCGGGGCCAGCAGGGGCGAGAUCAAGUCUGCGUACCGGCGCCUUGCCAGGGAAGUGCACCCUGACGCCGUCCGAGGUGGCGGCGACGAGGGGUUCAUCCGGCUGCACGCGGCCUACGCCACGCUCGCUGACCCCGACGAGCGCGCUCGCUACGACCGGGACGUGACCUGCCGCGCCGCGGGGAUGAUGAUGCGGCGGGCGGCCGCGGCCGGGCCGGCGUUCCGGCGGAGGAUGUGGGAGACCGACCAGUGCUGGUAGGACGUACGACCUGGCAAACGCGGCUGCCCUCCGGGGCCCCAACCGGCGGCCUCCCGGUUGGCGGCACGGCGCUGGAUUGGACGUCCUCAAGACAAUCGUGCACCGUACGAUCAGGAUUGGACGGCAAGAGGCGUUUCUAAAGAUCUCUUGUGCGUCCGGUCAGCAAAAUGCAAAUAUGUAAAUUAAUUCCCAAAUUAAUUAGCUAGCUACUGUAAAUUAACAGCCAAAGGAUAUAUGGUAGCUCUCUUUGGUAAUAGAAGGAAUUAGUUACCUCCAUGUCGCUCGUUUCUUUUUCGGAAGUAGUCUCUUUGAUUCUGCACGAAACUAAGUACCACGGUACCACAAUCCAUGUCAGUCAUUUCUGAAGGAUGCCAUGUCAUAGUUUUGGAUAGGCA